AAGAUCUUACAUAAGUCUUACUGCACUUACAACCAAAACGAAAUAUUUUCAGUGUCAUCGCUUUCCUAAUUUUCAUCAUUGGAUUUCUAGUGUAGCAACAGUGGUGUAAAAGUACUCAUUACAUUAUUAUCAGCGACGUUUAGACCCACAUUAUCAACGCGACACCAUGCUAUAUAGACAUUUUGUGAUCAUUCUUGUUUUUGCGGUGUUUUUGGUUCAUUGCGCUGAAUGGCGUUAUCAUAAUAACACCGAUUUGGAAUUAUUUUUAAAGAAUUUUAACCAAAGUACUAAAAGUGGCAUUGCGACAAAACUAUACUCGAUUGGUAAAUCUAGAAAAGGGAACGACCUCUGGGUGUUACAACUAACCGCAACCAAAAAACGCAAAACUGGGAUUCCCAAUAUUAAACUUAUUGGUACAAUUCAUGGAAAUGAACCAGUUGGACGCGAAAUUAUUUUACAUUUCAUGGAGUUUUUACGUGACGGUUAUGGAAGUGAUCCGGUAGUCACUUGGUUACUGGAUAAUACAAGAAUACAUUUCUUGCCAAAUAUGAACCCAGAUGGGUUUGCUUUAUCACACGAAAACAUGUGUGAUGGUGAACACGUUAGGAAUAACGGUUUGGGUGGAAAAGAUUUGAACCGGAAUUUUCCGGAUUUUUACCAUAAAAAUAGGAUUCCGGAGGAACCUGAAACUAAAGCUGUUAAAAAAUGGUUAGAGGAUGUUCCUUUCAUUUUAUCGGCGGCUUUGCAUGGGGGUGCUAUGGUUGUCAAUUAUCCUUUUGAUACAGUGAAAGAAUCAACUUCUGAUAUGGAAAAUCCUCCAUCGCUAACCCCUGACCAUGACGUUUUCGUCCACCUGGCUCAAGUAUAUUCACAAAAUCAUCCCACAAUGCAUAAAGGUGAUUCGUGCUCAGAUUCGAAAUUUGAAGGAGGAAUUGUUAAUGGAGCCGUCUGGUAUCCUAUUAUAGGUGGUAUGCAAGAUUAUAAUUACGCAUUCCACGGGUGCAUGGAGCUCACAUUGGAGAUAUCGUGUUGCAAAUAUCCAGCUGCAAGUGAAUUACCCAAGCUAUGGCAAGACAACAAAAUGGCCUUGUUAAAAUACUGUCUCGAAGCGCUGAGAGGGGUCACUGGCCAAAUCCUGGAUAGCACUUCCCGAAAACCCAUCGCAAAAGCCACUUUACGUGUCUCCGGGAAAAACAUGACCUUUUCCUCCUCGAAAACAGGCGAAUUCUGGAGGCUUUUGCUACCAGGAAACUAUAAGAUGGAGGUAUCAGCGGAAGGUUACUACAACCAAGUUGUGUCUUUUGUGGUAAAAAAAUACGAAACUAAUCCGAAAUUAACAAGCUUGAAGAUUUUAAUGUUAAAUUCAAGCAUAAGCACGACAAGCUCUACCACUCCAAAACAGAGAACUACGGGAACGACUGUCAAAUUUACAAGAAGUAUUACAGAUGGCGCACCUAUUACGGUUUCGUCUGCGGGUGUGAUUCCAUCUGAAGAUCAUCAGCCACCAACACCGGCAAGUUUAAUUACGCCUCUGGAAAAAAGUUCGUCGACAGUCCACCAAAAUUAUAUUUUCUAUGUGUCUUUGGUUAUUUUUUUAUUGCUGUGAUUUACUUUAGUUUGUUUAAGUGUCGAUUUUUGUAUUUUUAUGUAUCUCGUCCGAUAUUUUUUUAUUGUUUGCCUGUAGCAAAACAUUCACGUAAACGGAAGUAUCGUAGUUUAACGUUAUAGUUUUAAGUGUACAUUUUAGGUAAGUUUAUGACUGUAUUACGAGAUGACAAAAACCUGCGACUGCUUUAAUUUUGCUGUUAUUUUCCUAAUAAAAUUUGUUAACCGAAAUUUGUUUGUUAGACUGAGUUUAAGUAAAAUUGUACUUAAAGUAAUACAUAAUGUGUCUGA